AUGUACAAUAAUGUGCAAUUGUUGAGCGAGGAAACACAAUGUCUUUUGGCGGAAAAAAGAGUAACCCGUCAAACCAUUUGCGAUUUGAAACCAAAAGAAUUUUCAGACAUGAACCAGGACUUGAUAAUGGAUAACAUACUAAAUUUAAUUGAUUUUGAUGAAUCCGUUGAAUCCAAUGGAUAUCAUUUAUUUUUAAAAUCAUCCGAAGAGAAUUUUUCAUUAGCUCAAGUUUAUCUUGCUCAAUGUUUUAAUGAUGGACAUGGAAUAGAACAAAAUCAUGAUUUAGCAUUUAAAUGGUACCAAAAGGCUGCGGAAUGUGAAAGUACUAUCGGACAAUUUUAUCUGGGGAAUUGCUAUGAACAUGGGAUUGGAAUUAAAAAUAACUUAGAAAAGGCCUUCUACUGGUAUAAAAAAUCCGCAAAGAAUGAAAAUCAAUUUGCACAAUAUAGCUUGGGCACGUUUUAUGAAAUUGGAACUAGUACUGAAAGAGAUGUAAUUAAAGCCUUUGAAUUUUAUAAUUAUUCAGCAAAUCAAGGAUAUUUAGAUGCGCAAUAUAAAGUUGCAUAUUGCUAUGAUAAGGGAAUUGGAAUUGAAAUUAAUAAAGAAAAGGCAUUUGAGUUAUACGAGGAGGCAGCCGACAAAGGAAAUAUAUUUGCACAAUAUAAUCUUGGAGAACGAUACGAAAGAAUUGGAAUCGACACUAAUAAAGAAAAGGCCUUCGAGUUAUACAAAGAUGCUGCCGAAAAAGGAGAUAAUUGCGCACAAUAUAACCUUGAAGUAAAAGAAACCGAACAGAAUUUAGAAAAACAUUUUUAUCAUAUUCAAAAGGCAAUGGCAAAUGAGAAUAAAUUAGCUAAAUUCUCCCUAGACUUAUAUUAUGAUUAUGACAAUAACGUUGAAGCGUUUGAAUCUUAUGAAAAGUCAGCUAAAUAUGGAUUUAUAAAUGCACAAUUUAAAGUUGCAUUUUGUUGUAAUAAGGGAUUUGGAACCGAGAUUAAUAAAGAAAGGGCGUUUGAAUUAUAUAAAAGUUUGGCUAAAGAGAAAGAGAUUGAAAAUAGUACAUCUACUUAUGACUAA